UAUAAGUACGGGCAGCUGUCAGUGUGACCCACCGUGCACUCAGAAACCUACAGCAGCGUGGCCGUGCUGUGUUGUGUGUGUUUACGAGCAAGGAUACCUGGCUGAAAGGCUGUGAAAACCCGUCCGGUGUCACUGAGCUGUAGAAGUAGGACGCGUUGUCUGCACGGCUAGCUUGUUAGCUAACAGCGUGUUUAUUGGCUAAAAAACAUGAACGGUCAGCUGAACGGUUUCCAUAACAACUCGCUCAUUGAUGAAGACUGCUUCCUCUUCACGUCUGAAUCAGUCGGAGAAGGACACCCCGAUAAGAUUUGUGACCAGAUCAGUGAUGCCGUCUUGGAUGCACACCUCAGACAAGACCCUGAUGCCAAAGUAGCAUGUGAGACUGUUGCUAAGACGGGGAUGAUCCUGCUGGCGGGGGAGAUCACCUCCAGGGCCAAUGUUGACUACCAGAAGAUUGUCAGGGAAACGGUCAAACAUAUUGGUUACGAUGACUCCUCCAAAGGUUUUGACUAUAAGACCUGCAACGUGCUGGUGGCUUUGGAGCAGCAGUCCCCUGACAUUGCUCAGGGCGUUCACCUGGAUCGCAGAGAAGAGGACGUGGGGGCUGGUGACCAGGGUCUGAUGUUUGGAUAUGCCACUGAUGAAACAGAGGAAUGUAUGCCUCUCACUGUUGUCCUGGCCCAUAAGCUGAACGCCAAAAUGGCUGAACUACGCCGUAAUGGGACACUGCCAUGGCUUCGACCAGACUCCAAAACUCAGGUGACUGUUCAGUACAGACAGGAUCGAGGAGCCAUGGUGCCGUUGCGUGUCCAUACCGUUGUGGUAUCAGUGCAGCAUGAUGAGGUUAUAUGUUUGGAUGAGAUGCGUCACUGUCUGAAGGAGCAGGUGGUGAAAGCUGUGGUUCCCAGCGGGUACCUUGACGAUGACACCGUAUACCACCUGCAGCCCAGUGGCCGCUUUGUCAUUGGGGGGCCACAGGGUGAUGCUGGUCUGACUGGACGUAAGAUCAUUGUUGAUACUUACGGAGGUUGGGGGGCCCACGGAGGGGGAGCUUUUUCUGGAAAGGACUACACAAAGGUAGACCGCUCUGCUGCCUAUGCUGCCCGCUGGGUUGCAAAAUCUCUGGUGAAAGCUGGGCUCUGCAGGCGUGUGUUAGUCCAGGUCGCCUAUGCUAUCGGAGUCGCCCACCCACUCUCUGUCUCCAUCUUCCACUAUGGGACUUCCCAGAAGAGUGAGAGGGAGCUGCUGGACAUUGUGAGGAAGAACUUUGAUCUCCGUCCAGGAGUUAUUGUGAGGGAGCUUGACCUGAAGAAGCCCAUCUACCAGCGCACAGCAGCCUAUGGUCACUUUGGUCGUGAUGUCUUUUCAUGGGAGGUGCCCAAAAACCUCAAAUACUGAACCCCUCCUUUGUUCUCUCUGUCGGCUUUAGGUGUACUACAGAGAAACCUGUGUGUUUGUCUACCUCCCUCCUCCGUCCUCUUUCUUCUCUUUCUCUCCUUCAUAAACAGCCACAUCACCACAGCCUCUACUAAAUGGAAAGACACCCUUUCCCCUUCAUUGCUCAGUAUUUUCCACAUCCUUGAAGAGAAAACAACAGUAUUUCAGAUGCCAAGACCAAACAGUACAGGCAUGUUAUUUGGACACACAGUGAUAAGAGAAAUUGUGCAUACCAUUUAUAGCAGCGCUGCCCCUUGUAUUUGUCUGUAUUCUAGUGGCUCGUCUCAUUUUUGCAUAAUUAAUGGCCGCCUGGUUUCUGGACUAGCUAUUAAUAGCAGAUGUCCAACAGGACCAUGCACGUUUUUCCCAGUAAUGAUGAUUUGCCAGUAUUUUGCAUUUUAAGUCUGAAUCUCUACAGAGUUGUGGAAGUGAUGAGCGGUUGGCAUCCUCUGUUGCUUUCUCUUUAACGUCAUUUCCCACCACCUAACUUUGUUGGGCUAACAGUGGUUUACCAUCACAAAAAACAUCAACUGUGUUCCCCUCACAGCCCUUCUAACCCCUCUCCCCUUCCACUUUUGCAAAAUUUGAUGGCACAAAUAGGGUUGAGGAUUGCUUUACAUUUCCGUUAAGAAGAAAUAACAGUUGUCCAAUUGAACAUACACUUGUCGAGCGAGAUAAAAUCUGCUAAUCAGUGCUGUCCCUUCAGGCCAUUUUUUUUUCUGACGUUUUACAGAGAAGUCAGAAGCUGCUAAUGACCUUGUGGUUUUGUUGGGCUGCACAAUCAAAUCACUCCAUUUUUGUAAUUUAUUUUGUUGGUUUAAAUGUUAUGUGUAUGUUCCAAAUGAUGUUAAAUGUGUCAAUGUUCUGCUGACCAAGAUAAAGGUACGAUGCUCAGCCUUGUUGAGACUGACUCUGGGUGUAGCUACAGAGAAACCCAGACUCGGUGGCCUUUGGGCAGGGUCUGCCUUUAUCCCACAGCAACACUGUACUUGAAAUCAUUUAUAGAAUGGCGUUUAACUAUUGUGGGACCGAACAGUUUGACCAGCAAGGAAGGACAACUGAAAAAAAAGUGUUACAAGUUUUUGUAUCUGAAAUCUGUUUUCCAAUUAGUGUAGUCAUACACGUCUAGGGUCCCAACACCCUCUGCUUCAACAUUGUACCCCACGUGAAAAGAGGAAAAUGAACGAACAGAGCCACAGACAGACCAAGACAAAGACAUAAGAGGCAGGGCUCAGUCAGCAUAGUGAAUGUAAGACAUGGUAUAGUAGUCCGUUUUGUACAGAUGAACACGGGAUCAGACACGUAACGUAACGCUUUGUAGAUUUUGAAUUUGCCGCUGGAAUUGCACAUUCGUUCUUGGGCUUCUGUUUUCCAUGUGACAUGUACAGCAGUUCCCUAAUGAGUGAUACAGUUGGAAGUUUUUCUUUUAAUUUAUUUAUUUGUUUUUAGAAAGCUGUUCAUUCUUUACACCAGGACUGGUCUACUAAUGGUCUACAUGUGAUGGAUGGCACAAGUCUCUAAUUUUCCCCGGAGUAUGUCAAGGUUCUUAACUUCACUCUUUGUUCUUUUUAAAGAUAUAUAUUUUUUGCAGAGUUUACUUUCAGGAAAUGCAUAUAAAGAGUGGAAUGAUUAAUGUCAGAGGCACUGGCCAGAUUUGAAUCCAAGAAGUUGUGGAUAUACAGUAUAUGCCUUUUGGAUGCUUCCCAAGUUGUCCUUCACUGUGUGUAUCUGCACAAUAUAAUUGACUUUUUUUUUUUUUUUAGUUAAACUGACCUGAGAGAGAUUGUUAUUCACCACAGCUGGUCCCUGAUAUGACUUAUGUGCAGUUAGUGUCUGCAAUGUUUUCAGCAUGUAGCUAGGUGGCGCUGUGUCCUAAUGAAUAACACUGAAAUUAGACUUUUUUUUGCCCUACUAUGAGUAACACUAAGAUCCCCUCUUUGGCACCACCUUCUGGUUCCUUGAGUGUAUUACAGAGAAGCUUCAGAGGAGCCACUGAGUUGUGCUAAGUGUUUACUUGAUUAAUCCAGGUGUCGGUGAUCAUCACGUGAAAUAACUCAACCUUCACAAAGACUUUUUUUUUUUUUUUUCAUGUACAAUGUGUUUGCAUCUUCUAGCACAUCCACAGACGGGACAGAUGAUUGGUUGGUGUUGUACAGAGAAACCAGCCUGUUUACAUGGUCUCUUGUGGAAGUUUUGAAGAGACACAUUUUUUUUUUGAGUUGUCAGUGUGGUAGCUGAAUGUGUAAAAGUGCCUUUUUCUCAUUUUCUGCAAUGCCCCUGUCCUCUGCACACAAUUAUCUGACAUUAUACCUACUGACCACCUCUCCCAGCGUCUUCCCUUCCCCUGUUCAGUAGUUCACACUGAGGAGUCUUAUUGGUGUUGAUCUUCUUCUCUUUUAAACCCCCUUUAAAUAAAUUGCACUCUUGCUUCA